AUUUUAAAUAUCUUUAUGUAAUAAAAAGCAGACUACAGAAAGGAAUUGGCAGAAACAGCAUAAAAGAUCUGUACUCCAGGAAAGGGAAUUUUGGCAGCAGACGAAGUAAAUUCUGAUUUCAUGGUUAGUCUUAAGGAACCAUCGGAAAGAAGUUUGUUACCAUCAAUGUGGAGAACAACGAAGAGAACAGAAGAGCCUACAGAGAAUUGUUGUUCACAUCUCCUGGAAUUGAAAAUUACAUCAGUGGAGUCAUUCUUUUCUCAGAGACAGUACUUUAAAUUAGAUAUAUUUUUAGGUCAAACAUGCUACAAAGGAAGGCAAGAACUUUGUCGAGUUAUUGAAGGAAAAAGGAAUAGUGGCUGGUAUCAAAGUAGACAAGGGUUUGGGAGUGAUUCCAGGAACUCAAGAUGAAUCAGCCACUCUUGGAUUGGAUUCAUUGGCCAAUAUGGCAGCUGAACACUACAAAGUCGGCUGCAGAUUUGCCAAAUGGAGAGCUGUUUUGAAAAUUGGCAAUGGAUUACCAUCCUAAUAAGCCAUCUAAGAAAAUGCUUGGGGAUUGGCAAGAUAUGCUGCCAUCUGCCAAGAGAAUGGUCUCGUUCCCAUAGUUGAACCAGAAAUCUUGGCUGAUGGUGAUCAUUCCAUCGAUGUGUGCCAGAAGGUCACAGAAAAGGUCUUGGCUGCUGUCUUCAAGGCUUUGAAUGAAAAUAAUGUGUUCUUGGAAGGAUGUCUUCUUAAACCCAACAUGGUCACUCCAGGAUCAACAAACUCUGAGAGAAGCAAGGUCACUCCCUAAGAAAUUGGAUAUAGAACAGCUUUGGCUUUGAGUAGAAUAGUUCCUCCUGCACUUGUUGGUGUCACUGUAAGAAUCUAGAAUUUAUAAAAUAGUUCCUUUCAGGUGGACAAUCAGAAGAAGAGGCAUCUUUGAACUUGAAUGCCAUGAAUUAAUUGACAACCGUGAGAAAACCAUGGGCUCUUACAUUCUCUUAUGGAAGAGCUCUUCAAAACACCGCCGUUAAGACUUGGGCUGGCAAAUAAGAAAAUUGGGAAGCUGCUUAACAAGCUUUCUUAACUAGAGCUAAGGCCAAUAGUGAAGCCUAAUUAGGUAGGAGAUUCAUUUCCUAUUUUUAGGUAAAUACCAAGGGGGAAAGGGAGGAGCAUCCAACGAGUCAUUAUUUGUGGCCGAUUACAAGUAUUGAGUA